GCUGGGUUGUUAUUGUGGGACUCAAAGUGGUCUGAGUCUCAGACCCUUAGUGUUCAAGUUCGUUUUGACUUUUGUGGCAGUAAUUUGAUCCCUAAUCGCUGCUCCAGGAAAAUUUGGGCUGAAAGUGGAAGGCAGAAUCUGCAAAGAGGUAAUGCUAUUCGUUACCUUGAAGCAAGACUUUAGAGUGGGCGCAGUGAGGAUCCAAACAUGACCAAGGAGGAGGAGCUACCAGACUGGCAUUCGGCCCAGGAAUUUUAUCAGAAUUAUGACCCGAAGGAAAUUCUGGGCAGAGGGGUAAGCAGCGUGGUUCGUCGGUGCAUUCACAAACCCACCAGCCAAGAGUAUGCAGUUAAGAUUAUAGACAUCACAGCUGGUAAUUUAUCCCCAGAGGAGGUCCAGGAGCUGAGGAAAGCCACUAUCAAGGAGAUAGACAUCCUUCGGAAGGUCUCAGGACAUCCCAAUAUCAUUCAGCUGAAGGAUAGUUAUGAAUCUCACACCUUUUUCUUCUUGGUGUUUGACCUAAUGAAGAGAGGAGAGCUCUUUGAUUACCUCACAGAGAAAGUCACCUUAAGUGAGAAGGAAACCAGGAAGAUCAUGCGUGCACUGCUGCAAGUGAUCCAAUACCUCCAUUCCAUGAACAUCGUCCACAGAGACUUGAAGCCGGAGAACAUUCUCCUGGAUGACAACAUGAACAUCAAGCUGAUGGACUUUGGCUUCUCCUGCGAGUUGAAUAGGGAUGAGAAGCUCAAAGAAAUCUGCGGCACUCCUGGUUAUCUAGCACCUGAAAUAUUAGAGUGCUCCAUGGAUAAGGGCCAUCCAGGGUAUGGAAAGGAAGUUGACAUGUGGAGUAGUGGUGUGAUCAUGUACACCCUGCUGGCUGGCUCGCCACCCUUCUGGCACCGGAAGCAGAUGCUCAUGCUGCGGAUGAUCAUGAGCGGGAAUUACCAGUUCAGCUCUCCGGAGUGGGAUGAUCAGUCAGACACAGUCAAAGAUCUGAUUUCCCGGCUCCUGGUGGUGAAUCCUAAGAAGCGCUACACAGUCAACGAUGCGCUGGCCCACCCGUUCUUCCAGCAAUAUGUCGUGGAGGAAGUACGGCACUUCAGCCCUUUAAGGAAACUUAAGGUCAUCUGCCUGACAGUUCUGGCAUCAGUCCGCAUCUAUCAUCACUAUCGGAAUGUCAAGCCAAUUACCAGGGAGGUAAUGAUGAGAGACCCCUAUGCUCUGAAACCCGUUCGCAAACUGAUCGAUGCCUGUGCCUUUAGAAUCUAUGGACACUGGGUGAAGAAAGGAGAAGCACAGAACAGAGCAGCCCUGUUUGAGAACACUGCAAAGGUGAUUUUGCUGAGCUUAGCCGCGGAGGAAGCGUUAUUUUGAUUUAGCCCUGAGUAAAACUGCUUCAGCACCAUCUUAGCUUAAGUUUGUAAGAGCGAAGGCGAGCAGACGCUCUGAAAAACUAACCGCAGUCUCCUUUAUGUUUUCCCAAUAAAAUCUCAGUAGAGAAUAUUAAAACCCAGGGUGCGCCAAACCCUGACAUCCUUAUUUGGCCUUCAAAAGACGCCACGUGCACAAACCUCUGCAGAGCCCCAUCCAACUUCAAUGAGUUUUGCCUGUUUAAGGCCUCCGUGCUUUGGCCUUGCCAGGCCGAUAUUCAACUUUCCUACAAAAUGACAUUUAAGGGCCUGUUUUUUUUAGAAGUGGCCUCUAAUUUUGCAGCUGUAAUUAACAGUGUGUGUAAAUAUACCCUCAGAUCAGGCAGGUGAACAUCUUAAACGCCAGCAUUUGUGCCCCAAAUUAAUUCCACCGGAAUGGGUUUUUGGGGGGGAGGGGCCUGGAAUGAAUUUCAGGCACAAAAUUGGUCACCAAGAUGAGGCCAUUCUUGAAAAAGAAUAAAGAUGGGGGCCCAAGCAAAAACCUAGCUGUGGCAUUCGGGUACAGCUCCAGCUGUCUUCUCUCUAAUGCAGAGGGAACCAAUAGAGGAUGCAAGAACAAUAGAAUACACUUAGUGCUUCUCCUAUAGGAACCACACCCUUUCAUUGGCAGGAUGGGCCAUGCUCCCCCGAGCUGUGGUAACAGAAGGAUGCGAGCGAGCACCUUCACACCUGUGGGAAAUCCUCGCCAGCAGUGGUGGCAAUAUUUUCUGUUAUUGCUGUUUGCUACGAUCAGGCUCAUGUCGCUCUUGCUGGUGCCCUCCUGUUUACACCUAGGCAAACCUUUGCACCUGCCCCAGUGCAGUCAGUGGAACUCCACGUGGGCGCAGAGGAUCACCCUUGGGAAGCAACUUGCCGGAUUGGGGCCUCGGUGUCUGGCCCAGACCAGCCUGAGGUUUCAAAGCCUCGCUUUCAUUUGGUAGUGGGCACGACCUGUUCUGUGACCACGGCAGAUUGGCCGUUGAAUUGUUAGAGGCAAGGUAAAGGCAAAGAUAAUGAGUUUGGGGCACAAUCUAACACCAUCAGGCCAAGGUAAGCAGUGGGGUCACAGCAGCUGGAGGGAAUCUAAAUUAGAUGGGGAGCUGGGUAAAAAAUAAAUCUGUGAUGUCAGCAAGUUCAGGGAGAGGAGGAGUGAAGGUGAGAGGCAGGGAGGAAAGGGGACAGGGGUGUGGAAAGCAGCUCCACCAAUGGGACGCUUGCAAAAUACUAACCAGUUACAUUCAAUUGACUGAGGUUAAAAACCACAUGAAGAAGCUGGUCAAGCUUUGUUUUUACAAGGCGGAUGUUGCUAUUAGAGACCCACAUUUCCAAACUUGUGGGCCCAGCCUUCACCGGCAGAACCUUAAGGUAAGGUGGCUUAUCCCACAUCACUUUCGAAAAUCAAGUCUUUCAGGGCACCAAUACCCUGGUUUGGGUGCUGCACUGCAAAGAUGAAUGUUCACUGCCUGUUUUGCCAUCUGUAAAAUGAGGCUAAUGAUACUGACCUCGCUUGUAAGGUGCUUUGAGAGCGACUGAUGAAAAGUGCUGUAUAAAGGCUAGGUAUUAUCCACUGAGCUCUCGCUUCAUUUAGCUUUGGGGCUAACACAUUUUCUACUCUAUUAAGAAAAAAUGUCUUCCCCCCUCACCCGCCAGGCUGUAGUACAAUUGGCAGUUUAUAACUCAGCCUUUAAUACAAGCUGAGGAAACCUUCCCUGCCUGCUUGUCCACCAAACCCUGAAAAUAAAGAGAGAAGCUGUGACAAAACCACCACCCUCAAAUUUGUGUCAGUCGGAAAAAGUGGACCUGUCCAAACCCCCCAAACGGCAAAAACGUGUGAAACAGCAAUCAGAGCCUUCAUCUUAAUGGACUUGAUUGACUCCUUCCAUCAUGGAUGGGGCAUAUUCUGAAGGGUGACUAGCAUCUCACAUAGCACUCUUCCUAGCCAACAGAUUCCAUUAUCCCUGCCAGCCUUAGUUACUGCUAUUAUAACCAGUCAAUCUAUAAAUGACGCCUUAAGCGUGACAGAUGUUUUGUUUCCAAAGCUUUAACGCACUAUGUUGAAGAGUAGCAAUUCAUUUUAUGCAUCUACACCUUGGGCUGAGUUUUUAAACAGCCCUGGAGUGAUGGAAAAUGCACAUUGCAGCUAACGGUGACCUGUAUACUGCAUGUGUAUUUAGGAAACAUUUUAAAAGAUAUAGGGCUAAUACACAGACCUCACAUUGGUCAAAAUGGUCAAGGGCUUCAGUUUAUUUAUGUCUAUUUGAUCAGUGCAUCUGUACAUGGUUUUGUAAACUGUUUACAUGUCAAUAAAUAGGCUUCAUUUUACUUAGCUGGUGGGACGUUGCAUUGUUAAGCUGGUGCCUAUUGUAUUCUUACUAUCAAGCAACAUAGUAUUAGGCUGGGAUUUGCAAAGGGGCCUAAGGCAUUGGCAGCCAGUGGGAGUUGGGCACCUAAUGGAAGUUAGACGUCUAAUGCCGUUAGCUCACCCCCUUUUGUAAAUCUCAGCCUUAAUACUUAGCAUUUAUAUUCAAAUGCUUUACAGACACUAAGUAAUUCAUCCUCCCACUAUCCCUGUGAGGUAACUAUGUUUUAUUAUCCCUAUUUUCAAGGUAGGGAAACUGAGGUAGAGCUGAGGUUAAGGGGCAGAUUGUCAGAGGUAUUUAGGCACUUAGAGAUGGAGAUAGGUGCCUUUAAACCAAUGGAAGUUUGAUUUUAAAAUGGGAAUUAAAUCAACAGGUAUCAGAUGCCUGGAUGUUUCUGAAAAAUCCCAUUAGAUGCCAUCUGCAUCUUUGACAAUCUGGCCACAAGUGACAGCCUCAGGUCUUCUGGGCUGUGUCUACAAUGCACUUGCUUCCUAAAAUUUCCCAUCACUGCAGCAUGGGUGAUGAUAGCAACCCUGGGAAUGUUUGUGGAGGCUAGUCAUUAGCACGGGCCUGGGACAUUUAGGUUAUUUACUGUGAAUACAACUUUCUAACCCUAAGAACAGUGAAGCUCUCAAAACAGGCUUCCAAGGGAGGUGGUGGAAGUUUUUAAGAACAGGUUGGACAAAGACUGGUCAGGGAUGGUCUAAGUUUACUUGGUCCUGCCUCAGUGCUGGGGGCUGGACUAGAUGAUCUCAAGGUCCCUUCCAACCCUACCUUUCUGUGAUUCUAGACACUGUGUUGUGGAACAGUGCUCAGAGCCGUGAUUGAAACACCAGUGGUUAGUGUACACUGGUGCAGGUGGAGCUGUGACCAUGGAGAAUUAUAGGGGGAAGAGAGUGUAGUGUAGCAAAUGUAAAGUGUGUCUGAGUCAGAGCUGGGAUUAGAACUCAGGAGUUUCUGACUCAGCCCACACCUGUCUCUCUCGGUCACCGGCAGGAACAAGUGCAACCCUUACUCACACAAGUAGUUCUUACUCCUAUGGUGCCAAGUCCUGCACUCCUUAUUCAAGCAAAACUCCCAGUUUUUUUCCAAAGGGAAUUUUAGCCAUGUAAGAGCCUAAGCAAAGGCUGCAAGAGUUGACUCAUGGGCAGCCUCAUCCGUCUCCCUGGGACUACUCACGUGUGUACGUGUUUGCAGGACUGGGCCCACGGGGAGAGAGCAGCA